UUUGUGGUCUAUAAAAUGUUCACACGAUCCAUUGUAGCUGUUCAGAUCCAAGUAUGGUCCAGUACGGGUAUGUGCUAACUGUAUUGCUUGUCGUUAUAAACCUGCAUUGUUCUCAAGCCGAAGACGAUGACGUGGUUGAGCACAUUCAACUGCCAGAGGGACAUCCUCAACGUUGCAAAUCCCUGUUCAAAGACAGUGAUGACAUGCAUGUAUUGGGAGUGCUUCCAGGUAUCGGUUGGGACAACCUACGUAACGUCUUUAUGGGCAUGGUGGUAGAAUACAAGUACAAAACAUGUACUUUAACUGAAGACGAGCUAUAUCUGAUACCUGAUGGAAUGUUUACGAUUCCAACCAAAGAGAGCCAGGUAAUAACAAAUUGUAUAGAAAUUUCUUUAUGUUGAUGGUUUUAGCAAGUUUCAUUUGGACACUCGCGUAAGAGGCUGUCAUAAUCAGUUGAGAUGCUGAAUGAAGAAUGCUGGGGUGGAUGUAGGAUUAGAUUUAGAGGAUGCGAGUAGUGUGAAAAGAAAAUUGAGUCUUAGAGAA